GGCUGUGACGUUUGCGCGCCCGAGACUCGAGACUUUUGCUUGAUCGUCCUGGGCGAGCAUGCCGCUUUAAAACCCCUCAUGGAUGCCGCUAGCGGGCGUAUUCUCUGUUCCGCACUUGUGCCGCCUCCAACGAACUGAGUGCAGUAUUGUAUAUUUCUGGUAUGCUGUCUACCUGCCUGUUCCUGAAACCAACAGCCAUGCUUCGUUCCUUCCUCUCCCUGGCUGCGCCGAUACGUCACUCCGUCAGCUCCCGCAGUGUCCCGCACCGCAUGCGGGGCACCCGAGCUCAAAACCCAAUAUCAAACACCCCACCUCCCACUCCCGGCUUCCGGGCUCCAAACAUUCCACCGCGCCUUCCCAACUAACAGACUCCACUGCAGCAGGCAGAAUUGAUUUCGCUUCAAUCGUCCCGUUGAACAUCGGAGCACACACAAGACAGCUCGAAAGGGAAAAGUUCAAAAAAAGGAACGAAAAGAAAAGAAAAGGAUACACCAUGGCCCCCGCGAACACCCUUCCCGCCUGGGCCGAGCUGCAAGCCCACCACGACAGAGUCGGCAGGUCGUUCGUGCUCAAGGAAGCCUUCAAGGCCGACCCCAACCGCUUCCAAAAGCUCUCGACCAAGCUCACCCUGCCCGCCGCCAUCUCGACCGAGCCCAAUGGCACCGAGAUCCUGUUCGACUUCAGCAAGAACCUCGUCACCGAGGAGACCCUGGCCCUGCUGGUCAAGCUCGCAGAGCAGGCCGGGCUCGAGAAGAAGCGCGACGCUAUGUUCGCCGGCGAGAAGAUCAACUUCACCGAGAACCGCGCCGUCUACCACGCCGCCCUGCGCAACGUCACCGGCGUCGAGAUGAAGGUCGACGGCGUCGACGUCAUGAACACCAAGGGCGGCGUCAACGACGUGCUCGAGCACAUGCGCGUCUUCUCGGACCAGGUCCGCAGCGGCGAGUGGAAGGGCUACACGGGCAAGAAGCUGACCAACAUCAUCAACGUUGGCAUUGGCGGGUCUGAUCUCGGGCCCGUCAUGGUCACCGAGGCCCUCAAGCACUACGGCGCCAAGGACAUGACGCUGCACUUCGUGUCCAACAUCGACGGCACCCACAUCGCCGAGGCCCUCGCCAACUCGGACCCCGAGACCACCCUCUUCCUGAUCGCCUCCAAGACCUUCACGACCGCCGAGACCACCACCAACGCCAGCACGGCCAAGAAGUGGUUCCUCGAGAAGACGGGCGGCAAGGGCGACAUCGCGAAGCACUUCGUGGCCCUGUCGACCAACGAGGCCGAGGUGACCAAGUUUGGCAUCGACGCCAAGAACAUGUUCGGCUUCGAGAGCUGGGUCGGCGGCCGCUACUCGGUCUGGAGCGCCAUCGGCCUCAGCGUCGCUCUCUACGUCGGCUACGACAACUUCCACAAGUUCCUGGCCGGCGCCCACGCCAUGGACAACCACUUCCGCUCCGCGCCCCUGCGCGAGAACAUCCCCGUGCUCGGCGGCCUGCUCUCCGUCUGGUACUCCAAUUUCUUCAACGCGCAGACCCACCUCGUCGCCCCCUUCGACCAGUACCUGCACCGCUUCCCGGCCUACCUGCAGCAGCUGUCGAUGGAGUCCAACGGCAAGACCAUCACCUCGGACGGCUCGCCGGCCAAGUACACGACGGGGCCCAUCCUGUUUGGCGAGCCGUGCACCAACGCGCAGCACUCCUUCUUCCAGCUGGUGCACCAGGGCACCAAGCUGAUCCCCGCCGACUUCAUCCUGGCGGCCAAGUCGCACAACCCGGUCUCGGACAACCUGCACCAGAAGAUGCUCGCGUCCAACUACCUGGCGCAGGCCGAGGCGCUGAUGGUGGGCAAGACGGCCGACGAGGUGCGCGCCGAGGGCGGCGUGCCCGAGAGCCUGGUGCCGCACAAGGUGUUCCUCGGCAACCGGCCCACGACGAGCAUCCUGGUGGGCGGCGCCAUUGGCCCCGCCGAGCUGGGCGCCCUGAUCGUCUACUACGAGCACCUGACCUUCACCGAGGGCGCCGUCUGGGACAUCAACUCGUUCGACCAGUGGGGCGUCGAGCUCGGCAAGGUGCUGGCCAAGAAGAUCCUCAAGGAGAUCGACGAGCCCGGCGCGGGGCAGGGCCACGAUGCGUCGACGGGCGGCUUGCUGGCGCAGUUCAAGAAGUACGCGAAUUUGUAAGGGAGGGCAGGCAGGUGGGGUGGAGUGUACCUUGUGAGCAUAGGAUAGGAUUGCUAUAGCAUUAGCCGCUGUUCAAGCUCGGAAAAUAUAAGGAGGCCAUCAUGAUCAUUUACAUUCGCCGCCGUUGGAUCAUAGGUGGGCAUCCUUGAAAGCAAGUAUGUGUG